UUGGAUAAAAAUCGACGAUCAAAACUUCAAAUUCAUCUGAUUAAACCAUUUAUUGAACUAAGUAAUUCUAUGAAAACUAAAAGAACACAUAAAUUUGGUGAAAAUUUGGCAAUAGAUUUUAAAAACCAAGCUGCAAAAAUUUAUCAUCCCAAUGAUCAAUUAAACUUACAAGAGGUUCAGCUUGAUAUAUAUAAUAAAAAUUAUUUGAUUAAUUUUUGUAAACAAGAUAAAGAAAAAGAAAAUCAAUGCAUAGAAGCAUUUACUAAAGUUAUUGAUCAAAAACCUAUUGCAAGAGAUUUAAUUCCAAUAGUUGUUUUAAAUAUUUCAAACAUAGAAUCUUCUAUUUUAACUGAUAAAACAUCAGAUAUUUACGAUUCAGAAAUUGUAGAAGAGGUUGGGCAAUAUGUUGGAAAAGCUGGAUACCGAAAAAAAAUUAAACAUGUUAUGAUCACCUGUACUAUCCUGAAUGAUAUUUCAAAUCUUCAAAAAGCUGAUUAUCAUUAUACUGUUAUUUUAUAUCCGAAUAUUGAGAAUUAUAAUAUAUUACGAAAGGUCAUAGUUCCUUUAGUUAGUAAAUUAUGGGAUUUAGUAACCAAUGGAUUAGACGAUACGCUAGACAAUAA